AUGGCACUGCUGACCAUCCAGUCUGGAGUGAAAUAUGCCAAAAUGCUGCUGCAAGAGACACUGAUGAGGUCCAUGUCCACAGUCCAGACCACCACCUCUUGCCAGAUCCUGCCCUUGACUCAGCCUCGCUGUUUCAGAGUCUGCAACUACAGCCGGAGACGGCGGCGAAGUUUGAUGGCGUCUUCUCUUGCGGAGCUGCUGGAGCAGGCAGCAAGGGUGUUCAUGUUGUCCUGCCAAUUCCUGAUUCUAGUCCUAGAGGAGGAUGGGACUGUGGUGGACUCAGAGGAGUUCUUCCAUUCACUGCCCAACAACACAUUACUGAUGGUGCUGGAGAAUGGAGACAUGUGGACAAAGGGCAAGAUUAUUCCAUGCUUUCGUCAACCAAAGAGGAACAGGAUCGCCAAACUGACCUUUGACCUCUACAAGCUGCAGCCUAAAGACUUGCUGUGCUGCUUCACCAUAAGGGGUACUCUGUAUGAGACAUACACACUCUCCUAUGACUUCAGAUUCACCAGGAUCAAACAUCUCCUUGACUCCCUGCUGCGCUGUGUCACCUCUCUAAAAAGACUGGCCGGGCAGCUGCUGCUCUGCACUUCCUCAUCAUAACCAUAGUUCACCAGAGAUGCCA